CGAUGCUGUCGCCGCAAAGUAGUGAGCUGAACAGAGGGCGAGGAGCUAAGAAAAUGAGUGGAAUACAGUUUGACCAUUUACUUCCAAGUAGGCAACAUUGAAUCUAUUGCCAUUACAUCCCCACCUAACAUGGGUAUGGAGUGCGCGAAUGGAAUGCUGCAGCUUGCGGCUGAAGCGUUUCAAUCUAAAAACUUCGAGCUGGCGGCUGACAUCUACGAAUGCCAACUGCUGCACAUCAACGAUCCUGCUUCUCAGCUGGAACUGUUGGUGAAGAGGGCAGAUGCUCUCGCGUACGGUGGUAAGGUACCCGAAGCCUUCGAAAUGUACAAGAAAGCCUCAGAAAUCGAAAGACUACGGCCUGUUCACCUGGAAAAUCUGAUAGAAUAUCUCGUUUACAGUAUUAAAAGAAAGGAGGACGCAAAUGAUCACCACCGGCUACAAGGCGACGUUAAAGAAUACGAUGCUUUCUCAUGCAGGAUAUGUUAUGGAUUUCUGUAUGAGCCGGUUACAUUGCCUUGCGGACAUUGCUUUUGUAAAAAGUGCCUGGAUAGAGAAAAGACUCCCGUCUGUUGCAAAGAGUGCAAUGGCAGUUCCAAAAUUGCCGAUGUUAACAGUUACAGAGUUAAUGUAAUUCUCAGUAACUUGCUUUCGAAGUGGUUUCCUAUUCAAUUACAUGCUGUUCAGUUGAGACGUGAGGGGAAUGGAUUGUACGCAGAAAAAAGAAUGGGAGCUGCUUUGGAAAAAUACAACGAAGCAAUACAAAUAGCACCAAGGGACCAUGUGUUAUUCAGCAAUCGAUCACAGAUCAAUUACAGUCUAAAGAACUAUGAGGAUGCCCUACGUGAUGCAGAACUGGCCUGCAAACUCAUGCCUCUGUGGUCAAAGGGACACAUAAAGAGAGCUCAAGCUCUUGUCACUCUUGGGAAGACAGAAGAAGCUUUAAGAGAAUACCUAGUCUGUAUUUCCUUAGAGUCUGACUGCAAAGUAGCCAGAACAGAGGCUCAGAAGAUCCUGGCGGAUCUCUUGGGCCCUGAGACUGACCAUGUCCACACCAGGAUGCUGGACUGUUCAAGUCUGAUAUCUUCCAGAUCCAGAAUUAAAGGCUCCAUCCUACACCCCCCCACCUCUGGCAGGCUUGUAGACCCUGCCCAGCCCUACAAGAAGUGCAAGGUGGUCAACACCAGCAGAACAGCCUCUGAGGACAAGCUGGCCCCCCCUUGUCCCCAGUCCGACCCCAGGCAAGCAGCCUGCCCGAGGGGGAAGACCGAGUGCUGCAAGGUCAAAGGUGAAGAGGAGGAGGUCGAUGGAGCUCUUCACGCCACCGUCAUCGACAGGAGCCUUUUUCUCAAGCGCAAACGUAGCACAGAUGAGGACAUUAGCGAAGACGCCAGCAAGCGGCCACAUUCCGAGGUCGUCCAGAGCGAAAGAAAUACGUCCUGGAGUGAGGUGGUGGGAGACCUUAUUGACCCCACAGACCUGGAGUGUUCCCUCUGCAUGAGGCUGUUCUAUGAGCCUGUCACCACUCCCUGUGGACACACCUUCUGUCUCAAGUGUCUGGAACGGUGUCUGGACCACAACCCUAAGUGUCCCCUCUGCAAGGAGGAGCUUUCUGAGUACCUGGCUCAGAGGCAGUACUGUAAGACCAUCCUUAUGGAGAACCUUAUCUACAAGUACCUGCCGACAGAGCUACUGGAGAGGCAGAAUGUCAACCAGGAAGAAAUGGCUGAAUUAUCCAAUCUCAACAAGAACGUGCCUAUCUUUGUCUGCACCAUGGCCUUUCCGACUGUGCCCUGUCCGCUGCACAUCUUCGAGCCCUGCUACCGCCUGAUGAUCCGCAGAUGCAUGGAGACUGGCACCAAGCAGUUUGGGAUGUGUCUGGGGGACUCCCUCAAAGGGUUUGCGGACUAUGGCUGCCUGCUAGAGAUCCGUAACGUGGAGUUCUUCGCCGACGGACGCUCGGUGGCGGACACCAUCGGCUGCAGGAGGUUCAAGGUCAUCCAGCACAGCCAGAGGGACGGCUACAACACAGCCGACAUCGAGUACCUGGAGGACGUCAAGGUGGAGGGGCCGGCGAAGCAGGAGCUGCAGUGUCUUCAUGAUGCAGUGUACGACCAGGCCCUGGUCUGGGUCAACUCCCUGAAGCCUGAGCAGAAGGAGCGCAUCGUGGGCCACUUCGGACCCAUGCCAGAGAAAGACUCCCAGCCUCAGGCCAGUCCCAACGGUCCGUCUUGGUGCUGGUGGCUGCUAGCAGUUCUGCCCCUAGAGGGUCGCGCCCAGCUGCCCUUCCUCGCACUCACCUCCCUCAAGGACCGUCUCAGCGGCAUCCGCAGGGUGCUGCUCUUCAUGGCCCGCAAUCGCCAGCGGUGACUCUAAACAGCCUCGCUCAUUCCGCAUCCUCCACGCCCCCUAGCCUCAGAGACCGUCUCAGUGUCCCACUGAACUGUCCCAGCCCCCCUCCCUUAUAUACCCCUCAUGUAGCUCCUCCCCCCCCCCCCCCCCCCCGAGAUACUUCCUACAAGGACUUCCUCGUCUAAGUGGCUAUCUGUCUGACUGUACGUUUUGCAAAACAAACAAAAAAAGACCAAAUCGCUGAGUUAUCAAGCCUUUAUGUAAAUACUAGACUUGGGCAAGAAAGUGACAAUGAUUCUUCACUAUCUGUGCGUUGAAGAUUGGGUGUCUUCCUACCAAGUUUGCUUUCUCCCUCCUUCUUCCAAGAACUACAAGCUCAAAUGGACCGUGAUCUUUGAAUCUGAGUGCUUUAAGACUGAUAUGGAUUUUGUGUCAAUGAUUUGAUUUGUUUUAUAUUUUUAUCCUCCCCGUUAUUUAUAAACGUGUGUGCAUGCAAUAUUGUUUACAUGAGCAGGAUGCCGAAAGCUGAACUAAUAGAUAGCUUGUUUCCAAAGGGUUUAACCUAUUAAAUCAACACCUACCAACAUACAUAUAAAAAACUUAAAAGAAAAGGACUAUUCUGUCCAGACAAACCAACUACCAAGUGUAUCUGAGUUCCAUUGAGGCCUAGACUAGUCACUUUUUUCUCCAGAGGAUUAUCAUAUGUUUCCCUGACCCACAGUGAAGGUAUAAAAGACCUGGGUCAUUUACCAUUCGUAAAUACUAGAAAGAAGAAGUACUUCACGCAGCACAAUAGAACAGCACCAAACAGUGCAAACCUUGAGUUCAAACGAACACGCUUCAAAAGUAUUUAUUCGGUGUACUUGACUUUGGUUUGUUGGUGGCUAUACUAGGUACAAUUAAGGAUCAAGUAUUUAUUGGUAUUUAUAUGUUCAACUUGCACUUCUAGUUUGAGUAAGGGAUUAUUAGGGAAGUAUGUCAUUGACUGGGAUAUGGUCUGUAGUGCUUCCCCAACUACAAACAAUUUCCCUGCAUGCUUUUUGGUGAGAGGUUACCGAACCUUGCCUUCAGAAAAGUACGUUUUUCAACGUUGAAUGAUACAUAUUCCUUUGUUCGCCACACGUUUUCAUCGUUUUCUACUAUCAUUUCCAUGUCAUGAUGUUGUCCUUUUUCUACAAAACCUAUUGGUAGAAAAAGGAUAAAUGCAAGAUGUUUUGUAUUCGAAGGGCCAAUACCAUGUAACUGUAUAGAGGACUGUACAGGCAUAUAUCCUCAGUUGUCUGUGGCAUAAAUAUAUUCUCUGAACUUAAUGGACUGUUCAAAGGCCACAACAACUUAAAACAGUAAUGGCAAUAACUGCUCUUAUUUCUGCAUACCAGAGAUUGGCUGAGAAAGGGGGUAGAACUAGUUGAAUGUCACUUUGCAAUCACAGUUGUUGGGAAGUAUCAGCUUUCAGUACUGCAGUUGGAAUAUCAGUCUGACCACCCUGACAGUUUCCUGUUAAUGUUUAGGGUGUUUGGUAUCGAAUAGCUGGAAUUCAACUUAUUGCCCUAAGAAAUUCUCUUUGCUCUCUGUAUUGGAAAUUGUGUUGCAAUGACCCAAAUGUUCCUCAAUAUGCCUGUUCAACUUUGGAUACGUAAAAAUAAUCUUUCUUGACUGAGGAACAACCCUGUAACACCACA